AUGGGGGCCCCCGGGAGCUGGAUGGCUUCUUAUGGGUCUGAGCCGCUGGACCCUCAGGCAGCACAGAGCCGUUUGGCUGAAGCUGCAGCAGGCCCUACUGCAGCAGCAGCAGGAGCAGCGCGGCACUGCUCGAGCGCAGCAGCAGCAGCAGCAGCAGCAGCAGCAGGGAAGCGGCGCUGGAAAACCCUGCUAGGCAGCGUGCGGCUGCUGGGGGCCCUCGUGACCUGGUUUUGUUUGCUGCUGUCGGUGGCUUCUUUGCUGCAGAUAAAGCCCGCAGGGGCCCUUCAAGUGCUGCAAGUUGCUGCUCCUGUUGCUGCUGUGCUGCUGUUUCUUUCCCCCGGAGCAGCAGCAAAAAGGGCCCUCAGAGACGCAGACACCACCAGCCUCCCUGCAGUCGUUUUUGCUGCUCAGGCUGUCUCUUGUGCUGUUGCUCUUGUCUAUGGCAUGCAAAUCAACAGCAACGCCAUCUUCAUCACUAACGCAAUGGGUUUUGCUGCUGUGUGGGCUUUGUGGCUCAGGACUACUGACUGA